GUAGUAGUAGUGGUGGUGGUGGUGGUGGUUGGUUCGCGCCGUGACACAGUGGUGGAACGGAGGAGGCACGAAGGACACGACCGUGAGAAGAAAGAGGGUUGUUAUGGGGCGAGAAUCCCGUGGCGUGCUGCUGCUCGUCGCGCUGGCCGUGCUGGCAGCCGUGGACGCCUUCUCAACCGACAGUAAAGUAGCUUGUCCUUUGAGGCAGUUCCGAUGUGCCAAUGGCAGAUGCAUACCGAUCUCGUGGGUCUGCGACAAAGCGGAUGAUUGUACUGACAAUUCCGACGAAAGCCCGGAGGAAUGCAAAAACACCCAGGAAUGCAAGGAUACGGAGUUCAAGUGCAGUAACGGCAGAUGUAUACCCAAUAUAUGGCAUUGCGACGGCGAUCGAGAUUGCCCGGACGGCAUCGACGAGGACCCCGCUGUCUGCAGAACCAAGACCUGUACGCCGGAACAAUUCACGUGCCAUUCGGGAAAUGGCGAGUGCGUGGCAUUAACAUGGAUGUGCGACGACAACCCCGACUGUUCGGACGGUUCAGACGAGGCUGAGUGCAACGACACUUGCCGGUCCGACGAGUUUACCUGCGCAAACAAGCACUGCAUCCAGCAGCUGUGGGUCUGUGACAGCGACAACGAUUGCGGGGAUAACAGCGACGAGAAAGGUUGCGGGCCGAUAACGUGUCAUCCUGGUACUGAUUUUGCGUGUUCUGAGAAUUAUUGCAUAACGUCACGAUGGAGAUGCGAUGGCGACUACGAUUGUCCGGAUCGAUCCGACGAAAUAGGUUGCAAGGAUAUUCAAAAUGGAAAAAAGACAAGCCAUUGCGACAAGGAGUUCGAUUGCGAUGACGGUGUUACUUGCAUCCAUCAGACUUGGGUAUGCGACGGCGAAAAGGACUGUCCCAAUGGUGCAGACGAAUCCCCGCAGAGAUGCCAUAAUGUGACUUGCAGACCCGAUCAAUUUCAAUGUGAAGAUCGACGUUCUUGCAUCUCGGGUCAUCUAUAUUGCAAUGGUAAAGCCGAAUGCGCCGACGGAAGUGAUGAGAAGAAUUGCACGAGCAAAAUCGUAAGCUGCGAUCCGCAAAUUCAGUUCGAGUGCAGCGAGGGCUCGUGUAUUCCUCUGGAAAACGUCUGCAACAAAAACCCAGACUGCAUCGGUUGGGAGGAUGAGAGCGCCGAGCUCUGUGGCGUGAAUGAGUGUACAAAAAACAACGGUGGAUGCUCGCAGAUUUGCGUCGAUUUGCCUAUUGGUUACCGAUGCGACUGCCGCGCAGGCUAUAGACUCAUCGACAAUCGCACGUGCGAUGACAUUGAUGAAUGCUUGGAACCGGGAAGCUGUUCUCAGUUUUGCCAGAAUGAAAAGGGUGGCUAUAAAUGUAGCUGCGCCCCCGGUUAUCUUAAAGACCCACGAAAUUUAACACGCUGCAAAGCCGCGGAGGGUCAUGCAAGCCUAUUAUUCGCCCGUCGACACGAUAUCCGGAAAGUAGCUCUAGACCGUCAAGAAAUGACCGCUAUCGUUAAUAAUACUAAAAUGGCAACGGCUUUAGACUUCGUCUUUCGUACUGGAAUGAUUUUCUGGAGUGACAUCAGUGAAAAGAAAAUUUACAAAGCUCCGAUAGAUGAAGGAAAUGAGCGCACAGUCGUUAUCGAAAACGAUUUCACCACAUCAGACGGAUUGGCAGUUGAUUGGAUUUACAGUCACAUUUAUUGGACAGACUCCGGAAAAGAUACUAUCGAAUUGGCCAAUUUCGAAGGAAAUAUGAGGAAGACUCUGAUACGGGACCGCAUUCAGGAACCUAGAGCGAUAGCACUGAAUCCAUUAGAGGGUUGGAUGUUUUGGACAGAUUGGAGCGAUGAGGCUCGUAUUGAGCGAGCCGGCAUGGAUGGCACUCAUCGAUCGGUAAUUGUCGGCAAUGACGUUAAGUGGCCUAAUGGUUUAACCUUAGACUUGAUUGGCAAGAGAGUAUAUUGGGUAGACGCGAAACUGAACAUCAUAGGUUCCUGUAAUUACGACGGUACCGGCAGACGAACGGUUCUGUACUCUCCCGAUAGCCUCAGGCAUCCCUUCAGUAUAACAACCUUUGAGGAUUAUGUGUACUGGACCGAUUGGGACAAGGAAACAAUCUUUAAAGCUAACAAAUUUACUGGCAAAGAAGUGGAAGCCGUAACGUCUAUCAGAACGCUUCAGCAUCCAAUGGUAGUCCAUGUAUAUCACCCUUAUAGACAGCCUGACGGAAUGAAUCAAUGUCAGGCUGUCAAUGGACAUUGCAGCCAUCUAUGUUUGCCUGCACCUAAAAUCAACUCUAGAUCACCACUAUUGUCGUGCGCCUGUCCUGACGGCUUACGGUUAUUACCCGAUGGAUUGAUGUGCGUGGAAAAUGUUACUACAACCAUAGCGCCGUCUACGCAAGCACCCAUGAUGCCGUUCCAGAGGCUCGAGCCUCUUAAUGUUACGACGACUACCAAUCCAUUAUCCUCAGCAGAUGCAGAUGGAAAGGGAAAUUCAACUGAAUCAACAGAUCCUGGUUUAGUCGCUGGCAUUGUAAUAGGCAUAGUGUCUUUAGGAUUGUUAUUACUUGCACUAGUUGCAGUACUAUGCUACAGGCAUUAUCUUCAUCGUAAUGUUACUAGCAUGAACUUCGAUAAUCCCGUCUAUAGAAAGACUACGGAAGAUCAAUUUAGUCUUGAGAAAAACAGAUUCCCGCUUCCUGCAGCUACAGUUGGAGAGGAGGCUCAAGAACCAUUGACAAGUCCUGGAACAAAUGAUUAUGUUUAAGGCUUAAUCUAUUAAUAUAAAAAAUUUAACAGGCUAUUGAAGUAAUAUUCAUUCGACCAAGUGAUAAAACCAUGUAAAGAAAGACAAGGUAUUUGCGUUGAAAGAGCCUGUCCAAACGCAUCAUGCCUGCGCUCGCUCGCAAGCCUGCCAACCAACUGUGAUUAUGUUAAUUUUUUUUGUAUCUAUUUCUUUACAAACUUUAGCACUUUGUCACUCAAAUAUAAUAUGUAUAUUAUGCGUGCAACAUUUAAAUUUGCUCUAGGACGUAAAGGGAGAAAUAUCUAGAGAAACUGUUGCCAAAUAAGCGAUUUUAUCUUCAUGUAGCCAAAUAGUUUAAUAAGAGCUUAAGAGUCCUAUCUAACAUUAUCUAUUUAGUUAAGUAAUUAUAAUUUGUAAUAUAGAAUUUUUAGAUCGAUUUAGCAUGGCCUGGCGCACAUAGCGUAUGAUUUUACAUACGCUAUGUAUAUGUAAGAAUGUCAACUUGUUAUUGUUUAAUUAUUUAUUCAAAGAUACACAAUAGGAAUUUUUUGAAUAAAGUUUCUAGGUACGCAAGAUAUUACUUUUUUGAGUAAUAUCUUAUAGAAGUCACAUGUAAAUAAUGCGAAAAAUCUCUAUCGUAUAUUAAUAUUAUUUAAAAAUUAUUACACGUGGUGUUAAAACGCGAUAUGAAAGUUAUAACAAAUACAUGCUGUGAAAUAAACUAUCACUCAAUUAAAAUGGAAUAAGAGGCUAUAAUUAUUAUUUUCUUUCAUCUUGAACUGUACUUCUCUAUCUUUUUGUUACAUAAGAAAAAAUCAACUUUUUAUAAAAAACACAUACAUUUAAUAUGUAUAUAAUAUAUAUACAUAUAUAUAUACAACCCAGAUCCUUUUAUUAUUAUAUGUUGUAAUCUUUUUUUCUGUAAUUUAGAUUUAAGAGUAAUUAUACAAAUAAUCCGCUCCGUGUUAAUUAUGCAAAAGAAAAGUUAAAAUGUGCGAGUUAAAAAGAAAUAUAUGCUCAGAAGAAAUUUCUCCUUUUAUGUCUGCGUACAAUGCCAUGGAUGUAUGCGACAUAUAGAUAGACAUAUGUAAGGACUUUCUAGUAACUAUCUGUAUAUGGACAGUCCAUAUCAUGAUAAAAGAAAUCGCUCCAUUUACAAAUAUUAUACUAUCGUUUACGUAGUAAAACGAAAAGAGCAUUGUUGUGACGACUCGAGCUCAAUGACAGUAAGUGUGAUUGUGCGUUUGUUAAAAGGGGACUGUUGUCAAGUACUUUAAUCUACUAAAGAAAUCAGUGUAUUUGUAUAGAAUUAUCGAGUCGGGCUUGAAAAUUUUAUUUACUAUAUAUAAGUAAUAUAUAUAUGUGUAUGUUUAUAUAUAUAUGUACAAAGUAUGCAAAAAUUGAGUGUAAAAGCUCUGCAAAAAGUUAGCAAAAAAUUAAGUAAUAAAAAUUUACGUGGCGUUUUUAUUUUGAGCUUUUAAGUAUAAGUUUGAAUAUUAGCUAAAAUAAUGAACUAUCGUUAAAGAGUGAGUUUGCGUUAACAUUAAAUAUCGUGCUGCGAGAAUUGGAGAAAUCCUUAGUGCAUGAUGUGACUUUAAGUCAGUUUACACACCUUAUAAUUUGAUCAAAUUUCAAAUUAUAUAUUUUAAAAACUUGCUUUCAUUAUUUAAUUUUUGCAAACUUUUGUUGUAGUAUUUUUAUACUUGACUUUUGUAACGCUCUGUAUAUAUGUAAAGGAUGUCCUAAAAAAAGAUAAGUAUUGGUACUAUUAGAAUCUUACAAUGAUAAAAUUAUUUAAAAUUUUGUUAUAAUUUACAUAUAUUUUAUAUCUUAAAAUUUACAUGACUUUCUACUUUGCUAUCAAUGACGUAUUUUCUUCCUUUUUUGAUUAUGAUCAUACGCGUGUUUACAUACAUGUAUUAAUGGAAAAAGUAUGAAAAUGCAACAUAAAUAUUUUUUAAAUAUUCUACAGAUGUCUUCUGUUGUAAAAGAGAAAAAAAGUAUUAUAUACAUAAUGAAUAUAAUUACACAAUAUCUCAUAAUUGCAAUAUUAAAAUUGAAUUUAUAAUAAAAAUUGGAAUAGAGUAAUAAUGGUUAAUAAAGGUUGUAACUAUUUAUCUUUAAUUUUAACUAAUUCGUUAAUUAAUUUGGUUAAAUUUCUUCUAAAGAAAGUGAUUUUACGGUAUUACUGAUCCAUAUCUUUUUUAAACAUUCUACAUACAUAUAUACAUAUUUAUAAUACAUUAUAAUAUUACUGUAUUAAAAAUGAUUAAAUGUGAAAAAAAACUUUAUUAGAUAAAAUUAUUAAAAGAUAUAACAUUAGAUUGGUAAAAGAAACUAUGUACGUUGACAGAUAGCAGAUUGUCUCACAAAAAUUGUGCCAAUGUAUUUCAAAUUGUGCCAAUGUGUGCCAAAUUGGUACUUCUCUUACUGUACUCUUGUUGUAACAAAUCUAUUCACAAAUCAGUAAUUUAUAUGCAUUUUUUAAUCUGGUCUUAUUUUUAUGGGACCAAGAAAUUUUGUACAGAUUUAAAUAAUGUUUUUAAUGUUUUCAUUUUUCUUUAUAAUUUAUAACAUUUAACAAUUGUCAGAUGUGCUAAAAAAAGAAAAUAAAAAUCGAGAAUUAUGGAUAAUUUUAUAAGAAAAAUUAUAUAUGUUUAUAACUCGACAUGUUUACCUCUUAUUGAUGAAUCACUAAUUUCUUAUGUAAUAAUAAGCCAAUUUUCCUGCCUAUAACCAGCUGUCUGUUAACGGGGACAUGGUGCAAUUAUUAAGUGCAAGAAAGCAAAGUCCAAAAUUAAGAUAUAGAGGCUUGGUGGUAAUUUUAAUCAAAAAAUAGAAGUGUGUAUGUAUAUGUAUGUGUGUUUGUAUGUGUGUCUGAUGAAAGGUGUAAUUAACUGUGUAAAUCAUAAAGAUAAAACUUGUCCUAAUCAAUUUAUUUGCCAAAAUUGUGUCAAAUAUUAUUUCUAUGCCACACAUGUAUAUGUACAUAUACAAUACAAUGAGAUUCAAAAAUAGAUUAUUAAACUUUGUAGAUAUAUUCUUGAAUUUAAAAUUGGUUUUAUUUUAUUAAAUAAAUAAAAUUGUAUUCUCCUAAUUUUAAUUUAUAUAACUUAUUUUAAUAGAAUUCAUAUCUUCUUAGGUUAUAUAUGUACAAACGCAAAUCUGAUACAUUUUCAAUAGUAAAUAUAAAGUAAUAAAUCAUAGUAAAAUAAAGAGCGAUUAUAUUUAUCAAAUAUUUUUUAAUGAAAGUAAUUCCAAAUUAAUUUUAAAAAAAGUAUCUACAAAAUUUAAUAAUUUAUUUUAGAAUCAUUCUGUAUACAUAUACAGAGUGAGAAUCAAUGUUUGUAUCUGAAAUAUUUUUGUUAGUUUUAAAAAUAUAUAAGAAAUUUACAAUUUCCAUUUGAUUUUACUUCACUUUUCUAAGCAGAAUGAUAAAGAAAAUCUUUAUAAAAAAGGUAUUAACAUCAUGUUAAAAAAAAAUUAAAGUAUCUUAUGUAUAACUGUAUCUUAUAAGAAUUCUCAUGUUUCUUGAAAGCAAAAUUAUUUAAGGUGCAAAUGUUUAGAUGAUAAAUCACUCUAUAUACAUAUAUGGAGUACACACUCACGCGUACGUAAAUAUACUUACUAAAAAAUAUACAUAUAAUUUAUUAUAAUGAUUGUAUAAAUAAAGUAUACAAACUAAAUUGCAGUAAUACCACAUUAUUAUCACCUGUGAAAGAUUGUGAAAUGUAAAAUUUGUAAAUAAGCCUAUUUGAAAAUAUAAAUAGUGAAUCAUU